CGUCACCCGUUCCCGCUGUGCUGGUCGUUCGGGUCCGGACGGUGCCCUCGGUGUCGCCCUGCGGUGCUCCAGCCUCCGCGGCACCAUGGCAGCGCUUGUCGUGCUGCUGUCCUUGUUGGUGGCGGGUGUUGUGGGGAAUGAGUUUAGUAUAUUAAGGUCACCAGGGUCUGUUGUCUUCCGAAAUGGAAAUUGGCCUAUACCAGGAGAGCGAAUCCCAGACGUGGCUGCAUUGUCCAUGGGCUUCUCUGUUAAAGAAGACCUUUCGUGGCCAGGACUUGCAGUGGGUAAUUUAUUCCAUCGUCCCAGGGCUACCAUUAUGGUGUUGGUAAAAGGAGUUGACAAACUGGCUCUACCUCCGGGCCAUGUCAUCUCAUAUCCUUUGGAGAAUGCAGUUCCUUUUAGUCUCGACAGCGUUGCAAAUUCCAUUCACUCCUUAUUUUCUGAAGAAACUCCUGUAGUUUUGCAGUUGGCUCCCAGUGAGGAAAGAGUAUAUAUGGUGGGGAAGGCAAAUUCAGUUUUUGAAGACCUUUCAGUCACGUUACGGCAGCUACGUAAUCGCCUGUUUCAAGAAAACUCUAUUCUCAAUUCACUUCCCCUCAACUCUCUGAGUAGGAACAAUGAAGUCGACCUGCUCUUCCUUUCGGAACUGCAAGUGCUCCAUGACAUUUCAAGUUUGUUGUCUCGUCACAAGCAUCUAGCCAAGGAUCAUUCUCCUGAUUUGUAUUCACUGGAGCUGGCAGGUUUAGAUGAGAUCGGGAAACGUUAUGGGGAAGAUUCUGAACAAUUCAGGGAUGCUUCUAGGAUCCUUGUUGACACUCUGCAAAAGUUUGCAGAUGACAUGUACAAUCUUUAUGGUGGAAAUGCAGUGAUAGAAUUAGUGACUAUCAAAUCAUUCGACACAUCUCUUGUGAGGAAGACAAGGACUAUCCUUGAAACACAACUGGAGAACACUGCAAGUCCCUAUAACCUUGCGUACAAGUAUAAUUUCGAGUACUCGGUGAUCUUCAACAUGGUGCUUUGGAUAAUGAUCGCACUGGCCUUGGCUGUGAUCAUCACCUCCUACAACAUUUGGAACAUGGAUCCUGGCUACGACAGCAUCAUCUACAGGAUGACAAACCAGAAGAUCCGAAUGGACUGAACUGUCUUCAUGCCAGAUUUAGACAAGGGGUUUGGAUAUGGGCUGUUUUAUUAAAAUAUAACUUUUAGUGUGGUUUAAAAUAGAUAGUACACUUUAAAUUUUUAAAAAAAACAGCAAAUUUUGUUCUCUGUUUUAUGUGUGCCUAUGAUUAUUUUUAGAGUAUAGUAUUGAUGUAAAUCGAAAUAUGUGAUAUAGAUUCCAUGAUAUGCUUGAGUACUGUGAUACAGUGAUUUAAUAAUGCAGUUUCAUUCCAUUUAGUACAUUUGGAAAUAUGCACUGAAAGAAAUGUAAAACAUUUAGAAUAGUGUAUAUUAUUUAUAUUGGAAAAAUGCACUGAAUGUAUUAGAGAAACUAAUGAAUGCUUCACUUGCUUGUACAGGACAGAUGAAGAUCCUAUUUGGGCUAUACCAUACUAUGAACCAUUUGUAAAUGUGUUCGAUGUAAAUAUCUGAAUGAGAGACAUGAUCUUAGAGCAGCCCUAAAAUACUGGAUGUACUCAUACAGUCACUUAGUUUUGAACUGUGUCUGAUGGUAUGGCUAUUUUUAACUUCUGCUAUGAGUUUGGUGACCUGUGUCUAGUAAGGACAUUAAAAAUAUGACAGUGAUUUAAGAAGAGACUGGCUACGUGGCAUGUAGAUGCCCGUGAUUACACAGGAAAAACAAAUCUGUCGGGGAGCAUCUAAAGCAUGAAUCUAAACUAUUUUUAUUUCAGUAACUUUCAAAAGCCCUGUAAAGUUACUACGGCCUGUGGUGCAACUAUAUUCUGUACAAGAUAGGUGAAAAUAGAUGAACUGUACUUUUCACAUGGAAGCGGACCAACGUCUAUAAUGAAUGACAAAUAAAGUUAACGUGUCGCAGAACCCUAA